AUGGGGACCGAGGCUAUCAUACGCCUUGGGCAUGCAAGAGCUGAUUGGGUUACAGUGGCUCAGUUUCCUGGUGGCGGUGCUAGGGUGGUCGGUGGGCUGGGCAGAGGUGUUCCGGUGGCGGCGGCCGGGAAGCUGAGCGGUGACCGAGAAGCUGGGCGCAGUAGCAGCGGCGGCGGAGGCCAGGCAGAGGGUGCAGUGGAGGCUGCCGGCGGCGGCUGGGCCAGCAGGCGGUGGUGCAGCGGAGUUUGCCGGGGGUCGGGGGAGCCGGCUGGCACUGGCGGGGGUUGGGGGCCAGCAGGGAGCUACGGGGGCUGGAAAGAGCCGGCGGGGGGGGCUAGAGGCAGGGCCGCAGGGGGCCGGACUGACAUGUCCGAGGAUGAUUUGCUUGUUGCCGAAGGAGCUGCGGUUAUUAUGGAAGAAGAGAUGGUUGAGUCAAAUGUGGAGAAACCCUCCACUUCUCUUCAAACAGAUUUACCAAUUGCUAAGAGAAAAGGGAAGGAAUCGGAAAUAAAUGAAAGAGAUGAAGAACCUAUGGUUCAAACGCAUGCAAGUCAAAUUUCUCCUGCAACCAAGAGGCGUAGGUCAAAAAGAAAAACUCAUGCAACAAAACCACAGGUAGAAACCAUUCCUGUAACCACUCCAAAGGUUUAUGUGAGAAGAAAACGAAGUAGGACCCAGAAGGCUUGUCCAACAGGUGAUUCGACAGAGGCUAUUUCAGUGGAAACAUCAGAAGAAGGGAGCCCUGGAGAAGUUGAAAUUUAG